CAAGAGGUCCACUGAACUGGCCCUCACUUUCCCAAAUCAGUUCUCAAUAGUCAGAGUUUGAGUGAAGAUCGAGGUGGUGAAUUUUCCCUAAAUAUCCUGGGCCUAUUUCUUUACUUCCAAUUUAAACAAAUUACAUCUGCCUUAUUGGCAAAUAUUCGAUUCACAAGUUCCCUUUCAAUACGGAGAACUCCUCUCCACGGAAUAACGAAAAAAUAUAUAAAUUGUCUCUUAAUUUAUCAAAAUGUUCACGACUGUAUAAUAAAAAAAUUGCUCGCAGAUACCGUUCCCGGAAACCUUCCUGCACGAAGUGUUAAAAAUCAAACAAUCGAUAAUGCCUCGUCAUCAGUGAUAAAUAUGAAUUACCGUCGCCAAAUAUAAACUAUGCUCCACGUUGCGCGACUAGUCGUCGAUUAGUAGCUUUCAUCCCAACUUCAACAAUACCUUGACGCCACCGGCAAAAUAGAAAAAAAAACACGUGCGAUAAACGUUUCUAAUUGGUAGCGGAGAUAAUGUUCAGCGUUGAGCCAUCAGAAUAAGGUAGACUUGUCAGUUGUAUUCGAAAGUUGGCGCUGUACUGAUACCGAGCUUCGGACGCUCUUCACCACAUUUGUGUUCUAUUUUUCAAAUCUCGCAGUCAAGAAUAAUAAAUCAUGGAGUUCGCUAACAUGGUAUUGACGGACCAUUUAUUAGGGGAACGUCGAGGAGUGUGACGAUGAUGCCGAGGAAAAUACAUGUGAAUCAGCAGUUGAUAAAUCUUUAUCUAGAAUUUUUUUUUAUUAUCAGUUAUUCUUGUGAAAAAUUGUGAUAGUGCGCGAUGACGACAAGGGUGGAGUUUCAAAAUGAUUCAACAACGAGGGAAGUGAAAGACACUGGGGAUGAUGAGGCAGUGGGGGAUGAUGGCAACUUUUACGUGAAUUAUCGAGGAAGAAAGUAUGAAAUUAGUAAAUUUUUGAAGAAUCAUCCUGGGGGACGACAGGCGUUCAAAGCGUACAGAGGAUUGUCCUUGGAUAGUGCACUGGACAAUGUACCACAUUCGGCAGCUGCUUUUCAUCUAUUCCAGGACUUCGAAAUCAGUCAUAGACAAGAUUACGAGGAUAUAGAGAAUUUGAUCGACUGGAACGCACCUCUUCUCGGACAAGUUGCGUCCUUAAGAGAUCGAUACUGGGAGUGGGUGAAUCUCCCAGUGAAUCGAACAAUCCGGCUAUUCAAGUCGGAUGCCAUGGAGAUACUCACAGUGACACCCUGGUACCUAGUUCCACUCGUAUGGAUACCAAUCUGUAUAUAUUUCCUUUAUCUCGGUGUAUCGACUGAGAUAUCCGGUCCUAUCGCACAUUCGCCCACUAAGAUUAUUCUCGCGUUUUCCUGGGGAUUUUUGCUGUGGACUUUUUUAGAAUACACACUGCAUCGAAAAUUAUUCCACAUGAAGCCUCCAGCCGAUUCCAAGAUACUCAUAUCUCUUCAUUUUAUUCUUCAUGGCCUUCAUCACAAGGCACCAUUUGACAACAGGAGAUUAGUAUUUCCCCCAAUACCAGCAAUAUUACUGGCUUGUGUACUGUACAAUGUAUAUCGGCUAAUAUUUCCAGUAAUUAUGCUGAAUAUUGUAGCUGCGGGAACCAUGACAGGAUACCUAUGUUACGACUUAAUGCAUUAUUAUUUACAUCAUGGGGCGCCCAACGCAGAUACAUAUUUAUACACCAUGAAGAGAUACCACAAUUACCAUCACUUCUCACAUCAUGACGAAGGUUUCGGUAUAAGCAGCAAACUGUGGGACUACAUCUUUGGAUCGUUAAUUGUACUAAGGCAAUUGAAAAAGGCCAUUAUCUGGGGUAAAAGCUUGGGGGUGGACUUAAAAAUCACUGGCAAUAAAACGACAAAAAUCAUUUCAGUGGCUUUCGCAAAAGGGGAUAUACAGAGAUCAGUCAACACCAGCAUUGUCAAUACUCAAUACUACGAUUAUAUUAAUUGUUUACUGACAAAAGAAAACCCUCAAAUGAGGUCACACGGUAUUUUCAAUCAAAAUGCUAAUGCGGAUUACCCGUUGUCUACUCGAAGUAAAAUAUUAUACAAGGUGAUAUUGCCACCGAUCUCUGAAAGUAAUCGUGGAAAUCCACGUAAAAUAACAAUUUGGAUCAUUCUUGAGACCCACUUUCCUACAAGGACAGAUCAACUGUCUUCUGCUGAACCCCAAAAUUUAAUAAAAAACAUUUCAAUGAUUCUACGAGCCUUGGGGAUACGACUUAUAAUGAAAUUGCUUUGCAUCAAUCGGCAUGUGCUCAACCAGAGAUAUUACGAUUUCAAAACAAUACCGAUAAAAACAACACUCCCUCCCCACUGUAUUCUCAAGACUCUGCGUGUCACUAUCAAAUCCUGUUCUAUUGCCCACAACUACAACCGUAAUCUCCUUCUUAUCUUUAUUUUUAUCAAUGUCUUUUUUCAAUGGAAAUACAAAACCCAGGUAAUGUCGUGCCAGUUGCUGGGCAUUUGUGUUGGCAUGCUGUCCAUCGAGACCAGCUGUAUCAUAAAACCUCACUUUCUCUUUGGUUCCACGAUCGGUCUCUAUGUUCGCCACGUAGAUAUCCUCGAUUGUAGGAUGAAUCUCCUGGUGUUCAGUACUCGAGGGCAUUGCUCAUAUUUUAUGAAAUUUCAGGAAAAGCAUAAGCUUUCCAACUUCCACCCUAACCUACUCAAUCCGCCUGAACUUACGGUUUUCAGCGUAACAUUUCCGUAUAUCAGCUGCUCCAGCAACGCUGUCUUCCCCACGCCCUUCAUCCCACACACCACGACUUUUGUGGGGUUAACAAGCGUACAUGGCAGUCCACUUGACCCCACCAUACCCAGGUCCCAGGUGAACAGUAUUCCGCAAAAUUUGAAUUGUGAUAGACUGUGGGGUGGAAGUAUAAUGGCAGAAAAUGCACCAGGGGAUGGUAAGAAGUGUGAUAAAUACUCGAUUCUGCUGCCUACUUAUAAUGAAGUGGAGAAUUUACCGAUAAUUGUGUGGCUUAUCGUCAAGUAUUUGGAUGGAGUAGUGCCUUUCGAGAUAAUUAUCAUUGACGAUGGUUCACCCGAUGGCACACAAGAGGUAGCAAAAAAAUUACAGACCCUCUACGGAGAGGAUAAAAUACUCCUGAGGCCUAGAGAACGAAAACUCGGGCUUGGAACAGCCUACAUCCAUGGAAUUAAGCAUGCUUCGGGAAAUUUUGUCAUCAUCAUGGAUGCAGAUCUCUCUCAUCACCCUCAAUUCAUCCCACAAAUGAUCGAAACCCAACACCAAGGGAAUUACGAUAUUGUCACUGGCACGAGGUACAGCGGCGAUGGAGGUGUUCAUGGCUGGGAUUUCAGAAGAAAGCUCAUCAGCAGAGGAGCCAAUUUCGUGACACAGGUCCUUCUGAGGCCUGGAGUCACUGAUUUGACUGGAAGCUUUAGACUCUACAAGAAAGCUAUCCUUCAAAAAUUGAUCGAGUCAUGUGUCUCAAAAGGCUACGUAUUUCAAAUGGAGAUGAUUGUUCGGGCAAGACAAUUUAAUUACACAAUUGGAGAGGUGCCCAUCUCCUUCGUGGACAGGGUCUAUGGGGAAUCAAAGCUCGGUGGUUCAGAAAUAAUUCAGUUCGUGAAAGGACUACUCUACCUCUUCGCCACGACCUAGACCAAUUCGACGGCACUUCAAAGUCCAUAAGUUUUGUACAUAAAUAGCCAGCAAUUUGUACUGAAUAAACAACCAUAAACAAA